CAGCGAGGAGUCUGGAGAACCGCUCAAGACCGCAGCGCAUACUUCAGUCCAAACGCUCAAGCACAGCAGAGUGACGAGAGAAGGGACAGCCUGCUCCGUGUCGUACCGGUGAUGGUGUGAGAAGCACAGGAGUAAAGGACUUCAAAGCUGUCUCCACUAAGGGAUGUUUAAUUCCAACCAUUUUUUUGGCAGUUUGUCUAUAAAAUGCGCUCAAGUGAGUCUGUAGCCUAUGGCGACACGGACACUUGGCGAAGUGCACGUUCGGUGCCCAUACUAGACAGUCUAGACUGGCGAAUGGUGUCUAUUGUGUUCGUAUGAAUUAAGCUACUUCUGCGGAUACAAGACAACAUGAGGCAUAAAUGAUGUAUAACAUAGGUUUCGAUGAGGGAAACUCAAGAUGUCUCUCCAAAAACUUCGAGGACUUCGACUCCAUACGCAGCGUGUUGCUGUACAGUGAUCUAGAGCCAGAGUGGCUGGAUGAAGUGCAGCGUAACGGUGAGCUCUUCUACCUGGAGCUGAGCGAGGGAGAGCAGGAGGAGAUCGAGGAGGAAGGGGAGGAGUCUCGGGCCCACAUCACUUCCACUUCCACCUCCGCAGCCAAUCAUGUGCGCUUCAGCGAGCAAGAGGCGGAGAUCAUCACUGAGGAGCACCGGUGGCGCCGGGGUGGAGGUGGCAAUGGUGACGGAAGAGGAGGAGGUGGAGAUGGAGGCGGCCAUGGGGGCAAGAGUGGCAGCCGUGGGGGGUCAAAGGUCACGCCCAGGCUGAAGAGGCUGGCAGGGCUGCUGCGCAGGAAGAAGAGGACCAGGGGCACAGGUGGAGCAUCAGGAUCGCGCGGCCGUGGCGAAGGAGGCAGCCCCUCUCGCCCCCCCACCUCCAUCCUGAAGAACCAGGCCGGCGGCGUGGGGGGGUUCCGGCGUCACGGCAGCGGUCAACAGACGAUCCUCAAGGACGUCUGUGUCUACCUCAACCCCAAACGGCUGGCCAGCACCCCCCACCCCCCCUCGCUCGACCGCGGGGGUCUGCUGGAGGCCCUGCUCGGGGUGGUGAACAGGGGGGCAGGCGGUGGGAUGGGGGGGCCACAGAGGAUCACAGUCCAUGGACUGGUACCCAACAGCCCGGCGAGCAGAGGUGGACACAUACUCAUCGGAGAUGUCAUUUUGGCUGUAGAUGACGUGGAGGUCACUUUGGAGAACAUCGAAAGGGUUCUGUCCUGCAUCCCUGGUCCCACACAGGUGAGACUGACCCUGGAGACGGCGGCUCCCGGCGGUUGCUCAGCGCCCGUGGUUACCGAUGACAACACUGAUGAUGGGGUUAAAGGUCGCGGCCAUGGCAACGGUGGUAUUCCCGCGGUGUCCCAGCUGGUGCGACUGCUGUGGGGGGAGGACACGGCCGAGCUGCAGAUGGCCAUCUCGCACGUCCCACACAUACUCAUGUACCUGUCACUACGCCUGGACACGGAGACCACGCACGAGGAGCAGGAGAUCCUGUAUCAGUAUCCCGUGUCAGAGGCGUCCGCCCAGCUGAAGGGGGUGCGGGGCAUCUUCCUCACGCUGUGUGACAUGCUGGAGAACGUCACAGGAGGACAGAUCAUCAGCUCGUCCCUGCUGCUGAAGAGGCAGCUGGUCCACGUGGGCUACUGGAAGGAGGGGGCCAACCUGCUAGUGGUGGGCCUACCUGCCGACAGGGUCCCGCUAAUCUACCUGCAGUCGGUGGUGGAGGGGGUGGUGCGCACACUGAGGGUCAUGUACGGAACACUGGACAGUGCGUUCUGUGAUGAGGAGAACUCUGCUCGUCUGGACCACUUCUUCUGCCUCUUCUUCCAGCAGCUGAUCCAGCCCUGGCGUUUGAUUGACAGCUCGUCGGCCACGCCCACCCCCGACGUCUCGGGAACCCUCUUCCUGGACGGCCUGCCAGCUGUGCGCUGGCUCACCCUGCCCCCAGAGAUCAAGGUGGAGGUAGACACUGUGUUGUCUGACUUUGAGGCAGCUGACUUUGGAGACAUGUCUGAGGACUUCUAUGGCAUGAGGCGACUCUAUGUCACUCUUGGAUCCUGCCUCUUCUACAAGGGCUACCUGAUAGCCAACCACCUGCCCCGGGAGGACCUGCGGGACGUGUGCCUGUACUGCCAGCACUACGGCCUGCUGCCCCUGGCCAGCGAGCAGCGCGUGGGCCAGCUGGUGGUGUGGCGAGAGGUGUUCCCCCAGAGGCGCACGCAGCACUCCCCACCCCUGGGAUACGCCGAGCCCCUGGCCAGAUACUUCCUGCUCAUAGUGGGCCUGAGGCACUUGAUGCAGUGUGUGUUGUUGGAGGCAGGGGGCUGUGCCUGUCCCGUGGAGGGCCCUGUGGCACCCGACUGUGUCUACGUAGACCAGGUGAAGGCCACUCUGCUGCAGCUGGAGGGUCUGGAGGGAGGCAUGGAGGACCGCCUCAAUGCCCCGCCCACCCCCUGCCUGUCCUGCGCCGAUUGGUUCUUGCCCUCCUCGGGGGCGGGACUCACGGG